AUGUCGGAGCACUUCGUCGGCGGCGAGGUGGAGCUACUAAUGAAGCCUUUUCUGCAAAACGAAGACAAUCGUCCCAAACCCUACAAAAGAUGGCAAUCUGCAUAUGUUAGUAUCCGUUGCUCGAGAGUUUUCUUGUCGUUGCCAUCAUCUGGUACUGUUAGCCAAGCCACCCUCACCCAUCUCAUGAAGAAGAAGAACGUAGAAACCCUACAGAAUCUUGGAGGCGUCCAUGGUGUGGCUUCUGCUCUAAAAACCAGCGUUGACUAUGGAGUCAGCGCCGUUGAGGAUGAUUCCAGCGACGUCGAGGGACGACAAAAAACUUUUGGUUCCAACACCUACCAAACACGACCUUCAAAAGGCUUCUUUCAUUUUGUGGAAAGGGCUUUCUUGGACCCCAUCAUUCUUAUUUUCUUGGCUUGUGCUGCUUUGUCUCUCGGCUUUGAAAUCAAAAGGUACGGAGUCAAAAAAGGAUUUUACGACGGUGGUACCAUUUUCGUUGCUGUUUCGUUCAUCAUUGCCGCAUGUUCCGUCAACAAUUUCAGACAGAACAGGUUGUUAGACAAGCUGUCGCAAGAUAGCAAUAAUAUCGUCCAAGUCGAAGCCAUACGCAGUGGUCGGCGACAACAAGUUUUGAUAUAUGACAUCGUUGUCGGCGACGUCGUGGUGUUGAAGAUCGGAGACCAGGUUCCUGCUGAUGGCUUAUUCUUGGAAGGAUAUUCUCUGCUAGUUGAUGAAAGCUUGACAAGUGGUGAGAGCCACCACGUUGAAAUUAAUGGCGACAAGAACCCAUUCUUGUUCUCCGGGACCAAAGUGGCUAAUGGAUUUGCCAAAAUGCUCGUUACUUCUGUUGGUAUGAACACGACACGAGGUCAAAUGAUGAGUCCCAUAAGCGGAGAAAACGAUGAAGAAACCCCUCUACAAUCACGCCUUAGAAAGCUUACUUCAACGAUAGGCAAGGCUGGUUUGUUUGUGAAUGUCCUACUAGUUCUCUACUUCACUGGCAACACAAAAGAUGAAAAUGGGAAUAAAGAGUUCCAUGGAAUUGUGAAUGGAGUUGUUGGAAUUGUUGCAGCUUCUAUUGCUAUUGUUGCUGUUGCGAUUCCAGAAGGGCUUCCUUUGGCUGUGACUUCAACUUUGGCUUACUCAAUGAAAAUGAUGGCUGGCAUGGCUAUAGUGAGGAAGCUCUCUGCUUGUGAGACAAUGGGGUCAGUUACAACCAUUUGUAUUGAUAAGACCGGGACUCUUACACUUAAUCAAAUGAAGGUGACUAAUUUCUGGCUUGGACAAGAACCUAUCAAAGGGAAAGCUCAUGAAUCAUUAAUGCAUUCAAAAGUUCUUCAACUAAUCCAAGAAGGGGUUGCCCUUAACACAAUAGGUAGUGUUUACAAGUUCAAAUCAACAGAUUCAGAAUAUGAGUUUACAAGUAAUCCGAUAGAAAAGGCCAUUAUUUCAUGGGAUGUUCUUGAUUUGGCCAUGAAUAUGGAGGAGUUGACACAAAAUUGUACCAUCCUUCAUGCUAAAACCUUCAAUUCAAAGAAGAAAAGAAGUCAUGUUGUGAUUAGAAGGAAAGCUGACAACAAAAUUCAUGCACAUUGGAAAGGAGCAGCUGAGAUAGUACUCAAAUUUUGUUCGAAGUAUUAUGAUGCUUCUGACAAUAUCAAAGAUCUUGAUAGUGACAAAAAGAUGGAGUUUGAGCAAAUCAUUCAAGGAAUGGCAGCCAGCAGCCUCAUAUGUAUUGCUUUUGCACAUUUAGAAGUGACAAAAGAAGAUGAACAAGGAAGCCAAAAGGUAAAAGAAGAAGGCCUCACCCUCUUAGGACUUGUUGGUAUUAAGGAUUCAUGCCAUCAUGGUGUCUAUAAAGAUAUACAAGAUUGCCAACAAGCAGGUGUAAAUGUAAAAAUGAUCACAGGAGACAAUAUUUUCACAGCUAUAGCCAUAGAGAGAGUGGAUAAAAUUUGCGUGAUGGCACAAUCCUCUCCCAAGGACAAGCUUCUUAUGGUUCAAUGCCUCAAACAAAAAGGUCAUGUAGUUGCAAUAAUAGGAGAUGAUGCAAAUGAUGCAAUGUCAUUAAAGAAAGCUGAUAUAGGGCUUUGCAAGAAGAUUCAAGGUAGUGAAGUUGCAAAAGAAAGCUCAGAUAUAAUUAUCUUGAAUGAUAGUUUUUCCUCAGUGGUCACAGUUCUAAAGUGGGGAAGAUGUGUCUAUCACAACAUCCAAAAGUUCAUUCAAUUUCAACUGACAGUAAACAUUGUUGCACUUACAAUUAAUUUUUUGGUUGCAGCAUCAACAAAUAAAGUGGCGUUAGCAACAGUUCAACUAUUGUGGGUGAACUUCAUAACAGACACUUUGGGCUCUCUAACUCUAGCAACAGAGAAGCCUACAAUAGAGUUACUGAACAAACCCCCAAAGGGUAAAACUGAGCCUCUCAUCGAUAUCAUCAUGUGGAGAAAUCUCUUAGCUCAAGCUUUGUACCAGAUCACAAUUCUAUUGACACUACAAUUCAUGGGUGAGGCUUUAUUUGGGGUGAGCUCAAAGGUAAAUGACACUUUGUUUUUCAACACAUUUGUGCUAUGCCAAGUGUUUAAUGAGUUUAAUGCAAGGAAGCUAGAGGAAAAGAAUGUGUUCAAGGGGAUUCAUAGGAACAAGUUGUUUCUAGGGAUGAUAGGGAUAACCAUUGUGCUUCAGGUAUUGAUGGUGGAAUUUUUGAAGAAAUUUGCAAACACUGAAAGGUUGAAUUGGGAGCAAUGGGGUGCUUGCAUUUUAAUGGCAGCUAUUUCUUGGCCUAUUGGUUGGGCUGUGAAGUUCAUUCAUAUCCCAGAGAGGCCAUUGCUUAGUUUCUUGAACAUGAAGAGGCAAUAA